UAAGAAAAAUACAUUUCAAAGAAUUCUCUGUACGCCCAAGGGCGCGCAAGGACUUUUUUUUUCUUCGUGGAAACACUUGGACUCAGCAUUGACUCCAUAGAUUGUGAAGUUCACCAUAAAUGGCUUCACUUUUGUCCCGCUGCUGUUGUGCUACAAUCUUUAAACAUGUGUGACAGAAGCGUGCCAUGUGAUUGCAGGCCUCUCCCAGUCCUCAUGCAGACAGCUGCUGUCCUGAUGACAGUGCACAUACAGACCCCUCUAAGCCAUUUAAACUUUAAAGAUCCUCCAGAGGAGGUUGUGAGUGUGCGAGAGAGUCGCCCCUUCAGUCUCUAUUUUGGUCGCUUCUCCAGAAGAUCUGGCGGUUUGAAACAAGCAGACAGUCUCUUAAGUCCUUCCAAGUUUUCCAGAAAUCCUGAGGCCUUUUAUUUGAGUCACAAUGGGAGCGUUUAUCGCCAAGAUGUUGCUGCCCACCAUCAGCAGUUUGGUGUUCCUGCCUGCAGCCAGUGUUGCCGCCAAAAGGGGUUUCCACAUGGAGGCCAUGGUCUAUUUCUUCACAAUGUUCUUCAUAGCGAUUUACCAUGCAUGUGAUGGUCCAGGCUUGUCCAUUCUCUGUUUCAUGAAGUAUGAGAUCCUGGAGUACUUCAGCGUGUAUGGCACAGCUAUCUCCAUGUGGGUCACGCUACUAGCACUGGGAGAUUUCGAUGAACCCAAGAGGUCUUCGCUCACCAUGUUUGGGGUGUUGACAUCAGCUGUGAGAAUCUACCAGGACCGCUUAGGCUACGGCAUCUACUCGGGCCCCAUUGGAACAGCUGUCUUUAUGAUAACAGUCAAAUGGUUACAAAAAAUGAAGGAAAAAAAAGGCCUUUAUCCAGACAAAAGUGUUUACACUCAACAAGUGGGGCCAGGGUUCUGCUUCGGCGCUCUUGCUUUGAUGCUUCGCUUCUAUUUCGAGGAGUGGGACUACGCUUAUGUCCACAGUUUCUACCAUGUGUCACUGGCUGUGUCCUUCAUUCUGCUGCUGCCCAAGAAGAACCGUUAUGCCGGGACAGGACGCAACGCAGCCAAACUCAACUGCUACACCCUCUGUUGCUGUGUAUGAUGCAUCUUUUUAUCUGAGCGAAGCUGUAGAGGUGAUCCUCACCCUGAAAGCCACUUUAAGAUGGCAAACAGUCUCAUAGUGAGCA